AUGCUAGCUGGCCGAUUAAAUGGCCGCAUCAAUGGCAAGCGAACUAGUCGAGAUGAGUCCAGCGACUUAAAGGGACCUCAUUGCUUAUCCAUCGGGAUACAACAUGGUGCCAGAAUAAUUCAGUUAUUCUGUUUAGCCGGCUCUUCUCCCGCUUGCCUUACCGUUCACGAGCUACUCUAUGAACGGGUGGUUGAGCACUUCAACCUUACGUUGAUAACGAAAUUGAGUAGGAGACCGGGCAAACGUAGCCGUAUUAAUAAGCAAGCUGCCCAACGGACGGAACUCCUGGCAUCAGCUGAAUCUGAUUCAGCCGCUUUGAUAAAGCAUUUGGUGUCUUGCAUAGGAAAUCUCGAGCAGAAGAAAGUCAAAUCCAAUAAGAGCUACCGCUCAUAUAUAACCAGCCGUCUACUAGUUAGUUUGCUAAGCUUAUUGAAACCUAUGCCGCGGAACAAGAGGGCAAAAAGAGCUCACAAGGAUCAUCAAGUUCAUUACGUUCUCAAAGACGAAAUUCCUCAAAGACGAAGAGUAGGAAAGAAUAAGCCGAAAACUGACGUGGAAGUAAACGAUCCGAAUAGAAGACACGGUUCUCAGAGAGGUAUCAUUCUUCACUGCAUCCUGAGCGACAAGAGAACGAAAGAAUCCCAUUUUCUUGUUCAGACGAACCAUUAGAUGCAUGGACAGAUUCAUCUGACAUGGGCGGCUUUGAAGAUAUUAAAUCUGUGAAAAUCGACAUAUGUCCACUUAAAUAGUACGUUAUCUCUCAUACGUCAAAGCAUAUAUUAAAUUUUAGGCUUGUAACGGUAGCGCACAUUCUCAUUGGGACUACUGCUAUAUGGCUGCAUAGCAUACAUAGUGUUUAUUUAUCCGUAGAUCGUAAUAAAGGUGAACGUACAUACGAACCGUAUUUUCCCAGCU